UUCGCGCACCGCUACUGCCUUCGGUUGCCGAUCAAACCGCCUACCGAACGUUUCGAAAAUACUCGUUCUAAAGUGAAGUUGCAGUUGUUUGUUUGAAGUUCUUAUUUCAAAUUACGCGCUUCUUUUAUAUUCUGUUUGUCCCGUGUGUGAUGACCAUCCAGCGAUGAUGUACAGCCCCGUGCCGUUGUUGCUCCUAGUCCUCACAAGUACCCUCGCAGCUCCUGCCAUGUAUGACGACUACACGGAGGUGGUACCCCAGAAACGAGCAGCCUUGGUCCUGGACAGGCUGCUGGUGGCUCUGCAGAAGGCGCUGCAUGAAGACAGCGGGCCCCAACGAGGGUACCAACGCAUCGACCCCAACGGACCGAGAACAGCACCACUACGCAUUGCUGACGAUGAGAUGAAUGACUUGAGUGCACUACAGCGGCGUGGUAGCGGCAAUGGUCGGGGCAGAGUCCUUCGAUGUUACUUCAAUGCCGUCACCUGCUUCUAAUAUACCAAAGUUCACUAUUAAAUAUUGUAUAUGAAUAAACUAUCGCAGCUAUAGUGUAAAAUAAGUAUUAUUGUACUGCAUAACGAGGGAUUACGACGCAUAUUCUAUAAGUACCUACAUAUAACUCUUUAAUUAAUAUUUAAAAUAGGUUUCUUUGUUGACAAGAGCUUUUUAAAUUUUAUUUUCUUCUAUCCUGUGAUUCAUUAGUGCCAAGUAUUGGAUAAUAUCUUUGAGCCUUUAUUCCUUAACUUAGAAGGAAUUUGUGUUUGCCUUUUCUUUUUAACAUUAUGAAAAUGAUAAGGACAGAUGCGUUUCCAAUUGAAGUUUAUUGAAUGAAGAGGUAAAAGUAUUAUAUUGUAUAGAACCUUAUUGAUUCAGUCUACGAAUUUAUUCCCUGUAAAUAUCCAAUAAUAAAAUUUUGU